GAAGUGUGUAAACUAAAAAGUGUAAACCCAAAAAAAGAAUGAAUAGAAACGAAACGACGAGUUUAGCGAGAAGGCGAGAACGAGAGAGAGGAUGGGUGAGGUAGCAGCAGCAGCUGAUAGUAAUAAUAACACAAUGACGAAGAAGAAGAAGAAGAUAGGUAGGCCAUCUCUACUCGAUCUCCAGAAACGAGCUAUUAAACAACAACAGCAACAAUUGCUUCUUCAGAGAACAAAGCCCGAUGUUAAAAAAGAAGAAGAAGAGCUUAGAUCCGGUUUUAGAAACCCUAAUUCCGGCGGCGCCGCCCGAUCAAAUCGCCGGAAUUUUAAUUCUGGAGAUGAAGACGAUGAGCGGAGAGACAAAAAGCAUCGGCUUUUGCACGGAUUGAAUUCACACGAUUCUUUUUCUGAUUUCAAAUCUGACGGCGGCGGAGAUUUCAAUACCGAUGCUUCAAUCACCCGCCGUCACGGAUCUGACGAUAAUACGGGAGAAAAGGCUUCGAAAGCGACACACAUUCUCUUAAGAGGAGGAGGGUCACUUGUGGAGUCGUAUGGCCCCUCUUCUACACCUUUGCCUGACAAAAAGUUGCUCUUGUUCAUCCUGGAUAGAGUUCAAAAGAAGGAUACAUAUGGAGUGUACUCUGACCCAGUUGAUACUGAGGAGCUUCCUGAUUAUCAUGAGAUUAUCAAGAAUCCGAUGGAUUUCAGCACAUUGCGAAAGAAAUUAGAAUCCGGUUCAUACUCCACCUUAGAACAAUUUGAGCAAGACGUGUUUUUAAUAUGUACAAAUGCGAUGGAGUACAAUUCUGCAGACACAGUAUACUUCCGACAGGCACGAGCUAUGCUUGAGUUGGCUAAAAAGGACUUCGGAAAUUUGAGACAAGAAAGUGAUGGAGAAGAACAAGUGUCACUGUCACAACAACAACAGCCUAAAGUGGUCAAAAGAGGCCGUCCUCCAGGCUCAGGCCUUAAGAAACAGCUUGAGCAAUCUUUGAUUAACCGCAGCACGACUUCUGAAAUUUCAGCUGAUGCAGCUGGAGAUAGCUCUAGAUUAUCCGGUUCUUACAAUCUAAGGAAAAAUCCUCCUUAUGGAUUCCGUCAAGCAGAAAGUUGCGUUAGAAUCAACCAUAGUAAUGAGAAUCAAAAUGGCUUCUUGAUAGAUUGGGAUAAGGAGUUUCCACCUUCUGUUGUGAAGGCCGUGAAUAAGUAUGGGAUGAAAAACGUCGAUGAGAACAGGCGAGAUACCUACAACCAGAUCUCUACUUCCUUGCAAGAAGCUUCGCUUUUUACAAUGCUUGAAGAUGAUUUAAAACAGUUAACUCCUGUUGGGUUGAGAACUGAAUAUGGAUACGCUAGGAGUCUAGUACGAUAUGCAGCAAAACUUGGUCCUGUUGCUUGGAGAUUUGCCGACAAAAGAAUUCAAACAAUAUUACCAACUGGAACCGAGUUUGGUCCUGGGUGGGUUGGGGAGAACCCAGAAGCUCCUUCUGAGAGUACUCCUCAACAGCAAAUCUUAGUGUCCGGAAAGCAAAAGUGUUCAAGUGACUUUGCGUCUGAUGAUCAUCGUCAUCCAAGCAGAAUCAUGUCUCCCACAACCUCUGUCUCAAGCUCCAUCAUAGGAAACAGACAUUCUUCUCAUGAGAGCAAAGAGUCUAAACCAGCUGCUCACGUAUUGAAUCAAGAAACCAAGAGCAAUGGUCUAGUCCAUAGUUUAAGCGGAUUUAACAACAAACCAAACCAGAUGCUGGAUACAGAUGUCUCGCAACAAGGCUUGUCUCCGAACAUAAAACAGGAGUUUCAGCAGUUGCCACCGGACCUUAACGAUAGGCUCCUCUCACCAAACUCACCGGGCUCUAACAAUCAAGCAGGUUCAUCGCAGCAUCCGGAUUUGGCGUUACAACUCUAGGUAAUAUCUACUAAUCUUGAAAGCUUUACUGAUAGGAGAAAGAAGAAGAGGCUGAGAGGCUUGUGAUUCUUGGUACAAGGUUGAAAAUAUAGGGGAAGUCUAUGUACAGAUUGUUGCAACUUUCAGAUUUUUUUUUUAGGGUAAACAAGACAACCGAUAAGAGAACUCACAAGAUGUAUGAAUAUAUACAAUUAGUACAAUUUUUUAGUCCAUCAAAUUAGAGUUAUGAAUGUGCAUUUGACUAUUGGUUUCAUCCUUAUGAAAGGAUUGCACGUCAUGUA